AUGAACCGGAAAGCGCGGCGCUGCCUGGGCCACUUCUUUCUCAGCCUGGGCAUGGUCUACCUCCGGAUCGGCAGCUUCUCCUCGGUGGUAGCUCUGGGCGCAAGCAUCAUCUGUAACAAGAUCCCAGGCCUGGCCCCCAGACAGCGGGCGAUCUGCCAGAGCCGGCCCGACGCCAUCAUCGUCAUAGGAGAAGGCUCGCAAAUGGGCCUGGACGAGUGUCAGUUUCAAUUCCGCAACGGCCGCUGGAACUGCUCGGCACUGGGGGAGCGCACCGUCUUCGGCAAGGAGCUCAAAGUGGGGAGCCGGGAGGCCGCCUUCACCUACGCCAUCAUCGCCGCGGGCGUGGCCCAUGCCAUCACGGCAGCCUGCACCCAGGGCAACCUGAGUGACUGCGGCUGCGACAAGGAGAAACAGGGCCAGUACCACCGGGACGAGGGCUGGAAGUGGGGUGGCUGCUCUGCCGACAUCCGCUAUGGCAUCGGCUUCGCCAAGGUCUUUGUGGACGCCCGGGAGAUCAAGCAGAACGCCCGGACUCUCAUGAACUUACACAAUAAUGAGGCAGGCCGGAAGAUCCUGGAGGAGAACAUGAAGCUGGAGUGCAAGUGCCACGGCGUGUCGGGCUCCUGCACCACCAAGACCUGCUGGACCACGCUGCCGCAGUUCCGCGAGCUGGGCUACGUGCUCAAGGACAAGUACAACGAGGCGGUCCACGUGGAGCCCGUGCGGGCCAGCCGCAACAAGCGGCCCACCUUCCUCAAGAUCAAGAAGCCGCUGUCCUACCGCAAGCCCAUGGACACCGACCUGGUGUACAUCGAGAAGUCGCCCAACUACUGCGAGGAGGACCCGGUGACGGGCAGCGCGGGCACGCAGGGCCGCGCCUGCAACAAGACGGCGCCCCAGGCCAGCGGCUGCGACCUCAUGUGCUGCGGCCGCGGCUACAACACCCACCAGUACGCCCGCGUGUGGCAGUGCAGCUGCGAGUUCCACUGGUGCUGCUACGUCAAGUGCAACACGUGCAGCGAGCGCACCGAGGUCUACACGUGCAAGUGA